UGUUGCUCUCUGUCUCCCCCUGCAGGUGCAGCACAGGAUCACAGGCCAGGUGAUGGCCCUAAAGAUGAACACUCUGGCCAGCAACAAGGCCAACAUGCUCAGGGAGGUCCAGCUCAUGAACCGGCUCUGCCACCCCAAUAUACUCGGGUUCCUGGGAGUGUGUGUACAGGAGGGCCAGCUCCAUGCUCUAACUGAGUACAUCAACGGGGGUAACCUGGAGCAGCUGCUGGACAGUGACAGGUAUCUGUCGUGGUCGGUGAGGAUGGGGCUGUCUCAGGACAUCGCCUGUGGCCUGCAGUACCUCCACAGCAAGGGCAUCUUCCACAGAGACCUCACCUCCAAGAACUGUCUGGUGCGCUGUGAGAAUGGUGUGUUCACUGCAGUAGUGGGAGACUUUGGUCUGGCAGAGAAGAUUCCAGACUACAGGUUAGUGCUGUGAGAAGAUUCCA